GACCGUGAACAUGCUUUGCCGGUUUCCAAAGCGAUUUCCCUUCAAAUUCUAUCGAUUUUCACCACCAAAAAACAACAACUUUCGAUGUAGCUCAACUUUAACCAAUCAAGGGCAGUCAGAGUAUUCUUUAGAGCCUGAAUAUCCCCCUGUCACCCCUCGAUGGCCCCCUGGAAAGUGGGGUGAAAUGAAAGAGAAAAUAGCUUGGGAAUUUUAUGAAGAAACUGUGAAACUCCAAGACACAGAAGUCCUGCACGAAAAAUUAGAUGCACUUAGGAAUCAUGAAAAAAUCUACUCUAUUGUAAAACCAGAUGACUCUACCCCAAGGAUACUAGAUUUUCAACAGAAUGUAACAAAAACUGCCAUAGUUGAAGGCUUGCCUCCGAUGUAUGAAAAUAUCGUGGUUGACGAAGAGUUCGAGAUUUUGAAGCCUCUUAUCCUUGAUGGGUUGGUGAGAGACUAUCGUGCACAGUUUGUAAAAGAUAUCCAUGGCAAAAAGGCGCAUUUACAGGAACCUAAAUAUAGCAAGAGACUUGUACACUCACUUACGGACAUGUUACUUGCAACUCUUGCUGGGAGCCAUGAUCAUUUAUUGAGGUCACAGAUUGAUAGAGAUGGGAGGAUCGAGUGUUUCUGGUCAAAGUUGUUGGAGAAAGAUCUAUGUCCGGACAAUCCGUCUCAACAACACCCGGGACUUGGUAAACACCGCCACUUGCGGUUGCAGCUAAAUCACGUCAGUGAUUUGAUGAUGCGAACUGAACAGCCACUACCAGAGUUUCUUCCAAGAGAUGAUGUGUUGUGUACCAGUGCAGACGUCCCCGAUUAUGACUACCACCCUCGGGCUGCAAAUGCAGCAUUUGCGAGGAUAAAGCCAAGUGUUGUUGCUGGUUACAAGACCAAGGAUCAAUUUGUGGAUGGCGCUCCGUGUGAAUUUGGUCACGUCUCGUUCCAUACCUGUAACGAAGUGGCACAUAAUCGAGAACGUCUCAAACAGAACAUUGAUAGGGAAUUUGUGAGGAGCCUUGGCGUCUUGACAUCGUUUGGAUGGACGGCUGCUCAGGCUUACAACCAAGGCUUUGACUGGUUGAACGAUGUGACCUACCCGUUUACGACGCAGACUGUCGUCACAGAUGGAAAAAACAUUACUUUCUUUGCUUACCAGCUCAACACCUUGCUGCUGUGGAAGAGCAAUGAUGUAAAUCCUCUCAGGAACAUCAUGUGGACUUCUCCCGAAAUGCAGCUGUAUGAAGCCAUCGAAGGAGACCAGGUCAUCGGAUUCAAUGACGAGGCCCUAAAAACUCUCAUAAAGAUUUUCAAAAAUGCACCUGUCGACCGAGGGGUCGAUUUGAGACCCUACCUGUCCAAGGAUUACGAACCCUUGAAGGCUGUGCCUUAUAUGAAUAUCAAAGGUGAGCCGGUCAUCGAGAGACCUCACCCGCCGAGGUUGUUCGCCGAGAGUAAGAAGAAGCCUCUCGCCAUUUCGCCGAUUGUGACGACACAGGAGAAGAUUCAGAAGAUGUGGGAGAAGGGAAAUAGACACUGGAAUGAGGAGAAACAAAGAUUUGAUAUUGUUGAGAGGAAAUAGAGUCUUAGAAAGUGGAUGUUAUGUUGGGUGUAACAGUUUUCUCUUUAACAUGGAAUUAUCUUUACCUUAAAAGGGGGACUGUAGACAAAAGCUACCGGUUUCAGUUUGUUGGCUUCAAUAUGCACAGAUAGGGAACUGGGUCUGGUUUAACUUGUGAUAAAAAUGUUUCCCAUAUUAGAGAGAUAGGAGUUUGGAAGUAAAGAGUGUCCCAUGAGCUAAAGAUGGCUGGCCUUUUCAUCGGGGGUGACAGUAUGAUAAACAAACUUUACGUACUGUGAAGUGCCAGAGACCACUAUCUGCAACAUAAUGUAACUUAUCUGGACCACUUGGCUCCUGCCUAUGGUCUCCCUUUAAUGCCCAAUGUUACUGUAGUCCCAAGAAUCAUGAAAUCAUUCAUCUCCAGCUCACUUUUAUCUCAAACUGGUUUCUUAAAAACACUUGAUGCCAGUAUCUGUUGAGGUGGGAAGGUAUGAAGUCUUAGGGUGUCUUCAGUUUGCAAACCAGUGGUUUGUGUGAAUAAAUUUGGUAUGAAA